AAAUUGUCCAAAACUUCCAAAUACCAUAAGCGUGCAGAAACAGAGUCCCCCCAAAUGAAUUAAACCAGCAAUCAGUUUUUGCUAGCAAAAUUCUAAGUUAUCGUUCUCAUCUUAGACAAACAAAUGACUGCUUUUUUAGCAGGAAAAUGCAUUACACGAUUUCUAGACUUUGAACCAUCACAUUCACCACCAUCAUUAGUUUCAUUAACCAAACCAUCAUGUGUUGUUGUACAUGCAUUGUUUCAUCAGCAACAAAGAGUAAGCUCAUCAUCAAUGUCUAUGAAUGGUUGCCAAAGUGACCCCAAAAUUCCACUUGGGAUCGUCGAAACACGAUCUCUUCUUCCGAUUUCAUCAUCACCUCUACUCGCCUUGAACCACCUUAACUCGGUCAUCUCCGAGUUAAGGUCGAACCUCAAGUAUUCCAAUCUUCCCUCUGGUCUCAUCCGCAUCCAGGUACCAAUUGAGCAACCUAUAGAAGCCAUAGAUUGGCUUAAUGCACAACCUCACCACCACCAACUCCCCCGCGUUUUCUUCUCCGGUAGACGUCAAAUCAACGGCUCUCAUUUCUUUCUCAAUGGCAACUCCAACGUUCAUGAUCUCAUCAGCGUCGCAGGUGUCGGUGCUGCUGUCUAUUUCCGCCAUAUUCACCCUUUUGCCUUCGACGAUUGGAGAUCUAUUAAGAGGUUCUUGUCAAAAAAUUGUCCUCUAAUUCGUGCAUAUGGGGCCAUUCGUUUUGAUGCAAAAGUUGAUAUUUCAAGAGAAUGGGAGCCGUUUGGCUCCUUCUACUUCAUGGUGCCUCAGGUUGAGUUCGAUGAGUUUGAAGGAAGGUCCUUGCUGGCUGUUAAUGUUGCAUGGGAUAAUAGCCUUUUGUGUCCUUGGGAAUCAGCUAUUGAUUCCCUUCAAGCAACCUUGGACCAGGUCAAUUUUGUUAUCUCCAAGUCGGAUAAAGAAGUCCGGAAAACAUCAAUUGGGGUUGAAAUAUUGCACGUUCCCAACAAGAACAAUUGGGUCAUUGCUGUCAAUAAAGCAUUAAAGAUGAUUAGAAGUAGCUCAGCUCUCACAAAGGCUGUACUUGCACGUAGUAGCCGAAUAUAUACUGCUUCUGAUAUUGACCCACUAGCAUGGUUAGCUUGUUUACAGGGGGAGGGUGAUAAUGCUUACCAGUUCUUGCUUCAACCACCCAAUGCACCAGCAUUCAUUGGAAACACUCCAGAGCAGCUGUUUCACAGAAAGAAGCUUAGCAUCUCGAGUGAAGCAUUGGCUGGAACCCGAGCUACAUGUGGAUCAAUUGCUUUAGAUCAUGCGACUGGAUUGGAUCUUCUUUCCAGCCCUAAAGACGAUUUAGAGUUUACAAUUGUAAGGGAGUGUAUAAGGAAGAAACUUGAGGAUGUGUGUGACUCAGUGCUAGUGGAUCCCCAAAAAGAAAUUCGGAAGCUUCCAAGAGUUCAACAUCUAUAUGCGAAAUUAAAAGGGAGAUUGAGAAAUGAAGAUGACGAGUUUGAGAUUUUAUCUUCUCUUCAUCCAAGUCCAGCUGUAUGUGGAUUUCCCACUGAAGAUUCCCGUUGCCUGAUUGCAGAAACUGAAAAGUUUGAUCGAGGAAUGUAUGCUGGCCCUAUCGGUUGGUUUGGAGGUGAAGAAGCUGAAUUUGCUGUAGGGAUUAGGUCUGCUUUAGUAGAGAAGGGUCUUGGUGCUUUUGUCUAUGCUGGAACUGGAAUAGUUGAUGGUAGUGAUGCUUCCUUAGAAUGGGAAGAAUUGGAGCUGAAGAUUAUGCAGUUCACCAAGUUGUUAAGACUUGAGAUUCCUCUCUUGCAUACUGUGGCAUGAUUUCAGGAACCUAUUCUUUGUGGAAUUCGGAUUCUUUCAUUGUCAUGUGUCCACUUUGGAUUCGAUUUGAUUCAUCAUCUGGUGACAUAAUGCAUGUACAACUAGUUUGAGCUCUGCAAAAAGUUUCAGGUUUUCCUGCUAAGCUAAGGUUUCUUAUAUUCUCACUGUGCAUAGCAGUCAAGCUUGCUCGAAAGACAAAUCUCAGAGUUCCUUGUAGGCUUGUAUACCAACCAGGAACUGAGUAGAUAUGGGAUGAAAGCACUAAAAGGGGUAAUGAGUGAAACAUUAGAUUACACGAUAAUUAUAUUUGACAUCUUAUAGCUAUAAACCCUAAAGUAUGUCAUGUAAAUAAGCCUAAGUGCAUUUUAAAUCGUGCCCAAACAAUAUUUCAUAGUAUAGGUUUUAUUGGUGUAUACUCCCUUCUAUUUUAUUUUAAUUGUUAUACUGUGAUUUUUUAUACUAUUCAUAAAUUUCACUUUGA